AUGCCAAUGGAUCCUGAGUUGGACGAGGACGUGCCAGCCGCUGCCGAAGAGCUCCAGGAAGCUCUUUCGCGACCCCCGCCUGUGAAUAGCAGUUACCUACCCCUCCCGUGGAAAGGAAGGUUGGGCUAUGCCUGCUUGAACACAUACCUUCGAUACUCAAACCCACCUGUCUUUUGUUCCCGUACCUGUCGUAUAUCUUCCAUCCUCGAAAAUCGCCACCCUCUUUUGGACCCCUCACAACCACCUCAUCCAACGAAGAACCGGCCGGACCGGACUAAAGCACCCGAUGUUGCACGGGGUCAGGCGUACGUGGAGUCCCUGGGACUUGCUAACGCUCGCGAUUUGGUCAAACUACUGCGCUGGAAUGAACGGUAUGGAAUCAAGUUUAUGCGGCUGAGUAGCGAGAUGUUUCCCUUUGCAAGUCACAAAGAGUAUGGCUAUAAGCUCGCGCCAUUUGCCUCUGAGGUUCUCGCAGAUGCUGGCCGUGUGAUCGCAGAGCUUGGCCAUCGGGUGAGUGUGCACCCGGGUCAGUUUACCCAAUUGGGCUCUCCUAGGGUGGAAGUUGUGGAGAGCUCGUAUCGUGACUUGGAGUAUCACUCUGAGAUGCUGCAACUUCUUCGACUACCGCCACAGCAAGAUCGAGAUGCAGCCAUGAUUCUCCAUAUGGGUGGGGUAUUUGGUGAUAAACAAGCAACCUUGGACAGAUUUCGAGAGAAUUACCAGAAACUGUCCCCAGACAUUAAGAAUCGUCUGGUUCUGGAAAACGACGAUGUGAGCUGGUCGGUACAUGAUUUGUUGCCGAUAUGUGAAGAGCUGAAUAUUCCGCUCGUCCUGGACUUCCACCACCAUAACAUUAUAUUCGACUCAACACAAAUGCGCGAGGGCACUCUCGACAUCAUGAAUCUGUUUGACCGGAUCAAGGCUACCUGGACCCGGAAAAAUAUUACUCAGAAGAUGCAUUAUUCAGAACCUGUCUCGUCUGCGAUCACGAACAGCCAACGUCGGAAGCAUAGUGAUCGUGUCGUAACCCUUCCUCCAUGUGAUCCUACCAUGGAUUUGAUGAUCGAAGCCAAGGACAAGGAGCAGGCUGUGUUUCAAUUGAUUAGGGUAUUUAAACUUCCCGGACAUGACCUAUUCAACAACAUGACCCCGUACGUGCGUACGGAUGAGAAUAAGCCAUUCAAACCUCCGCGCAAAUCUCCCAAGAAGAAUGGUGGAUUUGUUGACCUCGAGGGUCAAGUACCCCCGGCAAAGACUGUUCUGGAGGAAGAGGUUGGCAUGGGUGGUCCAGAGGGAAGGGUAUAUUGGCCUCCAGGCAUGGAAGAAUGGCUUCGGCCCAAGAAGACAGCACGAGGGAAAGCGCCGCGAUCUCUACAACAGGCUCAGAGCUCGGAGCAGAUAGACCCUGAGAACGGAGAUAUCAUCACUCCACCCGUCUCAAAGACUACUCAAGGGGCUGAGCGCUCAGCAAGUCCAAAGAACCCAUCAAGCAGAAAGCGCAAAGCUCCUCCAAUUGCAUCUACGCCAUCCGCUUCGGAUACAGAGCUGUUGAAUCCUGAUGAAUUGCCCAAUCUCACCCGAUCUCAAACCAAAGGCCGCCGUCGAAGCCAACGAACCAAGACGGUGAAUUAUGCCGAAGAUAGUGAAUCGAUGUAA